AUCAAUAGUUUUUUUGUUUACAGUGUGGGAACAUGGGAACUCGUAGCUCCAAGCCUCAGAAGCAGGCUCAUGUCUUGAUGCUUGGACUGGAUGGUUCAGGAAAAACCACACUAUUGUACAAACUGAAAUUCAACGAGAGUGUGUGGACAGUGCAGACUGUAGGCUUUAAUGUGGAAAGCCUGGACAUAGACCGAAGCAGCCUGGCACUCACUCUAUGGGACAUCGGUGGCCAGAGGAAGAUGAGACCUUAUUGGAAACAUUUCUACCCUGAUGCAGCGGGGGUACUUUUUGUGGUGGACAGCUGGGACCAAAAACGAUUGGAGGAGGCUCGUAAGGAACUUCAUCGGACCUUGCGUUAUGAGAGCCUUAGGGGCAUUCCAUUGGUGGUCCUUGCCAAUAAACAGGAUCUUGCUGGGGCACUGAGUGCAGGAGCCCUCUGUGAGAAGCUUGACCUCCGAAGAGUGUGCGAGGGCAGAGCCUGGUUUAUUCAGCCAUGCUCAGCUGCUACAGGCAUGGGACUCCAAGAAGGAUUCAGGAAAAUAGACUAUCUAAUGAAAACACCACUGAGACAGACAAAAGAGGACAUUAAGAUUAAGCUCCAGUUAAAUUGUCCCAGUUUUAUCACAAUAAAGAAAGCUUUAGCCUGUGGACUUAUAAGUUAGGUCAAAAUGUAGGCCAAUUUAAGGACAAUCAGAGGGAAAAUUAUUGUACUGUUAUUUUUUAAUUGCAACAUCUCCAGAGUGGUAAGACUAACUGGGCAAGACCAUCAUACAAUUCUUCAGUAUUUCAAUUGUUGAUAAAU